CAGAGGUGUGUCGACAUCACAUCAUCUCUCGUUUUAAUACAAAGUUAACCCCUGAAUAGCAAAAAAUCCGUGUUUAAAAUGUGACCCAAUCCGGAAUUCCGGGUGUUGCAAAUCGCGAGAUUGGCACUCGUGAAAUUUCGUAUUCAUGAAGAAACACAAAAGGUUUAAACGCUGAAAUGUCCACGACGGCUACCACCUUCGUCGAGACUUCCUCGAAUUUUUCCAAAAAAAUUCUACCACCAACUCCAGCGCUAAAUCAAACACAAAAGUCAAUUAAAGAGCUGUUCUACAACGGGACGGGCUAUUACAUAGAGGACGAAGUAGACACAGGUCUGAAUGAUCUUCAAACGUUGUUCCUUGCUUGUUUUGCCACAUUAAUUCCGUUAGUUAUUUCGUUGCUCACAGCAUUUGGAAUAAGGGUACUUUGGACCAAAUACAAACGACAAAAGGAAAAUUCCAAGUAUGAUGGCAUGGCCAAAAGGGACACCUCGGGAGACGACUCCAAACCUCUACACUCGCAUCUACUAAACAGCGACAAGAAAUGCGAGACGCAUCUGGCCAUAACCACCGAGGAAGUCGAAGUGUGUGACGACACAGGUGUCAGCCAAAUAAGGAGCAACAACCAUUCCAGCACCAAUGGUAGCAUCAUCACCAUGACGCUGAAGAACAACCAUCUGAUUGUCGAAACGGAGGAGCGAAAUGACAUCGAGGAGGAUAGUCGGGAGACAACGAUGAAAUACUCGCCGGGGGCUCGAGAUGGGGUGUUUGUGGUGGAGGUGCAGCAGGGGGUUAGGAGGAGUCCCGGCUCGGGGCCACAGUCGGGGGCUGAUCCCGAAUUGUCGGUCUCCGUGAGCGAUCAAUGUGCUCUGGUGCAUAAUCCUCCAGACAGGUACAGCGACGACGAAACAUUGGAAGAAUGCGACGACUACUACAUAGAAACGUCGUCUCCGGCCCGUGCCACCCCCGAUUCCCAGYUCGCCCAAAUCAGAACCGGCUUGGCCCAAUCCGACCCCACCCUCAACGAGCACCCCAGCUACUGCUACAGCACCCAGCAGUGCUACGACAACGGCGUCUACGGCUACCACAUCUACAACGGAUACAUCAACGACGAGCCUCUCCAACGUCUCAAAGACACCACCACCACCAGCAAGCCCAAAAUCACCGCCGCCGUGUACAAAAGCCGGCCCGAAGACGACGUCCAUAUCUUCGCAAAUGACAUAUCGUACACGACGGAACCGGAUGUCGGGUCUGGAGAGUACGAAAAUAAAGGCUUCGACUAAGAUUUUUGGGAGCGCGAUGACCCCAAGGUCUUUAAACCUUAUUUGAACAGGUUCUCGUCUUCCAAAUUCGACAAACCCUUAAAGUGGGAAUGCGGCGGGAAUUAACUGCAUUUUUGCGUUGAGACGACUGCGAACGAAGUGCCAUGGAAGGACCAAGUGUAGAAAUUACUCUUUUCUAGAUGUCUAUUGCUUUCGAUGUACAAGUGCAAAACAUAGAGUGAGAAUUUUUAGAUUCGGUCGCUUCAGCGGUCUAAUCAGCCUUUCAUGUUGUACUUCUGUAUAUAGAUCACAUAUUUGUAGUUUGUAGCGUUUUUUUUCUAAUGCACCUCAGCUGGAAAUUGCACUUAUUACGAACACAAAUUCUAGAGAAUUUUGUUGGGAUGGAAAUUGUUGUAUUUUUUUAUUACUGUAUACAAUGUAAAUAGGUUAUGAUUACCGUCCGAUUUCUCAACAAUUGUAAAUAUGUUUGCGUUUUUUUGCAUUUCAAACCACUGGGAACUUGUUUCUGUAGCAGAGGGGGCGAAAUUUCACAGGGUUGAAGGACCAAACCAAUUUUUGAUAAGUCUAGAACACGACCAAAUUUACACAAAAACUACACUAGAAGAACUAUUUUUUUUUAGAUACAAGGUGUCUCAAAAACAAUACUGACAAACUUCAGUAGCAUGAGACAUUCUGUAUAGAUUAUUUUUUUUUUAAUAUUACUAGAAAUUUAUUAAAGCAAAAAUUUUACUAUUUGAUGUGCAACACUUCAAAGCGCUACUGGUUCCGUUUUAUUGAAAUUGUGAUUAGAUUUAUGGUUUCCUCAUGGUAAUUACACAAACUCAACUAAAUUUGUUCACAAUUUUGGUACAGCUCAAGCGGAUGAGUACUUUUUUUGCCAGAUGUACAAAAAAUAUACGUGAACACAAAAAUAAUGAAAAGUAUUUAGACAAAAUUAAUGAAGUAGUUAUAAAUUUGAAAUUCGAUAGUAGUUUUUUAAAAUGUCAUUAAUGCUGUGUUUAUUGUUAGAAGAAAAUUUCUUAAAACAAAAAAGAACACACAAAAACGCUAUUAAUUUAUUUUAAAUUUAAUUAAUUAAUUAAUUGAUUAAGUCAUAUUUCUAAAAAUCAAUAUAAUUUCCGAUCACCGUCGCCUGUGAUUAAUCAUUUAAGUUGUACUGUACAAAAUCUAGAAAGAAGAUAUAAAAUUUAAGAAACCUAAUAUUUUGUGUCUCUUUAAAAAUCUCGAAAUUUAACUCACAUAUAACCUUCUACAAAGUGAAUCAAGUUUGUAUACAGGGUGAUAAACUAAGUUAUAUUUUUUUAAAUAGAACACCCUGUAUAUUUUUUAGUUUAAAAAAUAAUGGUACUUUGUGUAAGCUAUUAUAGGUCUAUUUCUUUCCGUUUCGAAAUUAUUCAACUUUUUGUUAUAAAAAAAUCGACAUUAAGAAAAUCAUUGCGAAGUCGGCUAUGACAAUUUUCUGACAAGUUUGUAAAUAAAAAACUCAUAAUAGUUUCCAGUUUUGGCACGUCAACUUUUAGUUCAAUCACGCAGACAAUUUACAGUGUGUGCCAAUAUGCAAAAAGUCGAAGAUGUAACUCUUUUUUUAUAUAAAACACCCUAUUUUUGUUUCACAAUUUUAAUAAGCUUUUCAACGAUAUGCGGUUUCUAUAAAUAAUUUGGACUUUUCUCCAGAUUUUGAAAAAAUUAUUACAAAAUACUAUCGAUACGUGAAAAGAAAUACAUACUUUAAAUGUCGUUUUUUUUGUAAUAAAAUGUUGAAUAAUUUCACAACAGAGAGAGAUAGACUUAUAAUAGUUUACGAGUUCCAUUAUUUUUUUACGUACAAACUAAUAAUGUAAAAAUAUAUAGGUUGUUCUAUUUAAAAAGGUAUAACUUGUAUACAACACCCUGUGUAUAAUAAAAAUAUUUUUAGAAUGUGUAAUUUAAGUAGAUCUACCGGAUGUUGAAAACAACAUGUGAAUAUAUCAAAUAGCAAGAAAGCUAUGGACCGAUUACACAUCACCUCUGAGUCAGCCUGUAUAUAGCUAGUUAAUGUUUUUAGAAAAUGUGUUGUGUAUUUCAUAUUAACAAGGCCCUUGUUUUUCUAUGAAUUUUGGUAAAAUUGUUCUAUUCUUUCACAAAAGAUCUCAAAAUUAGUAUUUCUCAUAAAAUCAGCUCUCGACAUUUUUUCUAGUAAGCUGAAAUACCAAUUUAGUGUAAUAUACAGCGUGGUCCCGUUUUUAGUAGCGAAAAUUUGGGAAUAGUUAGCACACACAAUAAUGUGAAUUUCUUCUAUAAACAACUGUUCAAAAAUGGGUCAAAAUUUUAAAUUUGUUUUCAUCUUUUCUUAAUAUCUCUUAAAGCGAGAGUGCUACGAGCUCCAAAUUUUGCAAACCCAUUGACUAUUAUUUUGUAGCAGAACUAUUUCUAAAUACCAAUAACAACAAAACCACUCUGUAUACAUUUUUUAACUUUAGUUUAAUUGGAAAAAGUGUUUUGGGGACAAAGCUUGAUUCACCUUGUCUAUUAAUUUCAAUUGUAACACUUUUACAAUAAUUGUACUUUCAUAAAUGCUACACGUUGUUAAUAAUUUUAUAUUAUUGUCGAUUGAAAUAGAAUGAAUUAUAGUAAUUGACAACGUAUAUCAUUCUUCUCUUUGAAGAUAGAUUUUAAAUAGUAAUAAAAAUAGAAAAAAAAACUAGAAUUUGUCAAUAAAAGUAGGAAAUCUGCUUAAAAUUAGGUGUGCAGAUCCGAUAUGGAGUUGUAGAUUUUGGAAUAAAAAAAUAAUGGAAGCGUUUCAGUGGCUGACAAAUAAUUAGAAAUUUCUUGUAAUUGUGUGGUAGAGUUGCGUCCUGUCGAACAACCCUAAUUACGAAUCAUUCGAGCAUGUUGAAAAUCUGAAAACGAGCUAAAAACCGUUUUAUUUGUUUAUGUCUCCACCUCCAGUUGCUACCGAAACGGGUUCGCAUCUAUUUAAAGUAGUGUUAGUAUGUUUUUGCCAAAAUUUAGUAAAUUUAGGGACGAGUUUGCAAGGGAUCAAGCGCUCGGAUUUAUUUCGGGUCUUAGAUGGGCCUUUGCAGUCAGAGAAUAAAAAA